AAUAGAAACAGAGGCAUAAGAUGGACAGAAAGAAUUUUGAAAAGAAAGGAAAGAUGAAAAACUGCGAGCUCUGCAAUUCUCUGGCAAAGAUGUUUUGUGGAUCAGAUCAAGCCAUCUUGUGCUGGGACUGUGACUCCAAAGUUCAUGGCGCCAAUUUUCUGGUUGCCAAACAUUCAAGAACUCUACUCUGUCACCUCUGUCAAUAUCCGACCCCCUGGAUUGGCUCUGGUCCGAAGCUCAGUCCCACCAUUUCUGUCUGCCUUAUUUGUGUAAACAACGGUUCUGGUGGAGUUGAGAAGAAGAAUGAAGAAAGAAACGGUGAUCUUGAUGAAGAAGAUGAUGUGGCUGAAGGUGAUGACAGUUACGAUGAUCUCGAUGAGGACGAUGAUUGUGACAUAGAAGAAGAUGGUGAAGAAAAUCAGGUGGUUCCCUGGUCAUCCAGGCCUGUUCCUCUGUGUUUAAGUUCUUCAACCAGUGAAGAAUCAUCCACCAGGUUCUGCCGCCACAGAGCAAAUGCUUCCCAAUAUAGAACAGCCGCCCCUGCUUCUCCAGAUCGAGAAGGGUGCUGCUCCUUUCCUACAGAACAAGGCAAUGUGAAUUGGUCUAAUUCAUCAGCCACUUCUUCGCCAUUGAGAGACAACAAAUGCACAAAAUAACUCCCCAGAGAUUCAGUGAAGUGAUUCAACAAGACGAUUCGGUGUUAAGAGUCAAAAACAGUUCACGAUAUCCACAAUAUGGGGAGCUCCUGAAAGAUUGUCAGUGGCAUUCCUACUAACUAUACUUACCCUGUCUUCAGUGCUCUGUAUUGGGGACGUUCAAUAAGGCAAAAAUAUGACA